AUUCCCUAAUAUUCCUUUUUUAUCGUUACCAUCUCUUUCGUUCUCUCAAAAUCGUUCUAAAAAAAAUGGCUGCUCACCGUAGUGAAAACCUCUCUUUCUCUCCAGAUUGUGACUUGUCUCCUCCGCACGAUCGCCGGCUCUCAAAACACGUCCGUGACAACGUUCACGGCAACAUUUAUCUCGACCCUCUCUCUUUGAAGUUUAUUGACACCGAGCAAUUUCAAAGGCUUCGUGAGCUGAAGCAACUUGGAUUGGUACACAUGGUUUACCCAGGGGCUGUGCAUUCCAGGUUUGAGCAUUCUCUUGGUGUGUAUUGGCUUGCAGGUGAAGCUAUCCAAAAGCUCAAAACCUAUCAGGGUUCGGAGCUUGGUAUUAAUCUGUUUGAUGUUCAAACAGUGAAAGUUGCAGGACUUCUACAUGAUGUAGGCCAUGGACCUUUUUGCCACUUAUUUGAACGAGAGUUUCUCCCCAAAGUUCUUAAAGGUUUCAAAUGGGCUCAUGAAGAAAUGUCAGCGAAGUUGAUUGAUCAUAUUGUUGAUGAGCACCAUAUUGAUGUUGAAUCUGAAAUGAUUAAAAGAGUCAAUGAAAUGAUACUAGCUAGCUCUGAGUUUGCACUGCCAAAAAGUGCAAAGAACAAGCAAUUCUUAUAUGAUAUUGUUGCAAAUGGUCGGAAUGGAAUUGACGUGGAUAAGUUUGAUUACAUUGUCCGCGACAGUCGAGCUUGUGGAUUAGGAUGCAGUUUUGAUUUCCACAGGUUGAUGGAGACAAUGCGAGUUUUGGGUGAUGAGAUCUGCUAUCGGGCUAAAGACUAUCUUAGCAUCUACAAGUUAUAUGCUACUCGUGCUGAACUUCAUCGAACUGUGUACACCCACUCUAAAGUGAAGGCGGUUGAGCUUAUGGUAGUAGAUGCUCUUUUGAAAGCAAAUAGUUAUCUAGAAAUCUCAUCUUCCAUUCAGGAUCCUUCUGAGUACUGGAAGCUGGAUGACUCAAUAAUCAAAACUAUUGAGACAGAUCCACAUGAAGAACUUCGAGAAGCUAGGGAUUUGAUUCUGCGCAUUCGUCGGAGAAAUUUGUAUCAGUUCUGUAAUGAGUAUUCAGUUCCAAAAGACAAAUUAGAGCAUUUCAAAAAUAUCACUGCACAGGACAUUGUUUGUUCCCAGAAAAAUGGAGUACUGCUAAAAGAAGAUGACAUUGCUGUUAGCAAUGUCAGAAUUGAUUUGACUCGUGGAAGGCAAAAUCCUCUUGAAAGCAUCAACUUUUUCAAGGAUUACGACAGUGAGGAGAAGUUCCCCAUACCAGACGAUCGCAUUAGUCACUUGCUGCCUUCAUCUUAUCAGGAUAUGAUAGUGAGGGUGUAUUCGAAGAAACCUGAACUGGUAGCAGCUGUCUCAGAGGCAUUUGAAAAUUAUCAACUAAAAGUCUACGGAGUUAAAGCUCAAGUGCACGAUACACCGGAGAAGAAGAAACGGCACAUUGGUACCGACACAUCGAACAAAACGGCGUAAAUGCUACAUAGAAAACGUAUUAAUUCAGGUAUCAAAAUGUGGAAUAUUUGUCAAAUCCGGUAGCUAAAUGAUAAAAUUUUAUACCUAUGUUUGAGUGUGUAACAUAAGCGUGGUUUACGAGUACUUGAAAAAAAACUAGGGUGUGGACAAGGUGAAGAUAGGAUAGUACAAUUAUAUAUCAGGUUAAAUUACAUCAGGGAUCACUUAAUUAUGGUUAA